CAGGCUCUGAGAAGAGAGCGGAGGUCAGACCUUUGUGUGUUGGACCUGGUCCCAGUCGUGUUCCUGCUGGUUCAAGUAUCAACUCAAUGAUUCAGCUAAAAACAUCCCGACUCUCUGCAGACUGUAACAAAAACCUCCAGUCUAACCGUUUGUCUACAUGCAGAUACACAGGCCUGGACGGGGUCUUCUGUUCAGACCUCCGCCUCAUCUAUGAGCUCACGCUGUGGAGGUGUUGUGUGACGAUUCAUUACCAUAGCCAAGUCUACGAUCCACUUCUCCACGGUGAGGAGCCUCCAGCCCCCGACGAACCUGAGCACGACUCGUCAAGGCAAUAACACGCAAAACCACAAACACCUUUCUUUGACUCUGGAAGAAGUGCUGAAAGGAUACAGCAAGGCGUAGAUGAGGCUCUGCCGCAGGCUGCCGUUGUAGUGGAGCAUCAGCAGCAGAAGGAUGGCGUCUGGGAACACAAGGCAGGCCCCGAGGGGGAGAUGACAAAGGAGGAUGUUCCGGAGCCCAUUGAGGGAGACACCGUGCUGGGCUGGGCCUCAUCCCACCAGCGGUCGGUCAUCCACCAGGUGGCCUCUGCCCCGAUGCCCAGCGACUGUGAGUUCUCCUUCUUUGACCCCAGCGAGCCGCAGUGCAAGGAGGUUCUUCUGGAUCUCAGCACCACCAUACCAGAGCUGUUCGCUGUCAUCCGGCAGUGGGUGCCUCAGGUUCAGAAGAACAUUGACCUCAUCGGCAAUGAGAUCCUGAAGAGAGGCUGCGGCGUGAAUGACCGGGACGGUCUGACCGACAUGAGCCUCCUGCACUACUGCUGCAAGGCCGGGGCCCCGGGCAUCGGCGACGCAGAGACGUCUGUCGGCUUUGCCCGCCAGCUGCUUGCCCUGGGCGCAGAUCCCAACCUCCGCUCGCGCUGGACCAACAUGAGGGCCCUGCACUACGCCGCGUACUUUGACGUGCCCCAGCUUAUCCGGAUCGUGUUGCAGGCCUCGCAGCCUGGAGAGGUCGAUGCCACCUGCAGUGACUUUGACUUCGGCACCGCCCUGCACAUUGCUGCGUCCAACCUGUGCAUAUCAGCUGUCACAUGUCUCUUGGAGCUGGGAGCCAACCCUGCCUUUAGAAACGUAAAAGGGCAGUGCCCAGCAGACGUGGUGCCUGACCCCUUCGACAUGCCCUUGGAGAUGGCGGAUGCAGCCGCUGUGGCCAAGGAGCUCCAGGCUUUGCUGAGGCAGGCUUUACCCAGAUCCAGCUCUCCUCUGCCCCUCACACUGCAAGCCCAGGCCCUCCCUGUCCUCUCCGACAAGGCCAGGAUACAGCUUGCCGCCAUGGGGAUCCGACUGGGGGACCGCGUGGUAAUAGCUGGACAGAAGGUUGGAAGCCUGCGUUUCUGUGGUAGCACUGAGUUCUCUGGAGGCCUCUGGGCCGGAGUGGAGCUGGACAAACCGGAGGGGAAGAACGCCGGCUCGGUAGCGGGGGUUCAGUAUUUCACCUGUGGACUCAAACAUGGAAUCUUUGCUCCCCUCUCAAAGAUAAGCAAACCUUUGCAGAGACUUAAAACCAGCACCAGGAAGACGUCGACGCCCGUGCGGCCCCCUCGUCGCAUCGACGCGUCCCGUUUCAACUCCAAGAUGAACACGGGUGUCCUCUCGCGCUCGCUCUCCUCUUCGUCCUCCUCCCUGGACUCUCGGCAUGCGCCGGGCGCCCGUCCCCGUCCGCUGCCAAGGCAGCGGCUUCCCGCCAGGCAGCGACGGGAGCGCACUUCUCUCAGUCCCAUGGCCACGCCCUCGCCGGCCCUCCGCCUUUCUCCCAACACGACUGCGCUGACGGCUGCAGGUCUUCGAAGCCGAACCCCUUCAGCUAGUAGCUCUGUGUGCGGGGGCCCUGAGGUGCGCCUGGGGGAGAGGGUGCUGGUGGUGGGCCAGAGAACGGGUGUAGUCCAGUUCUGUGGAAAGACCAGCUUUGCUCCAGGGCUCUGGUUGGGGAUCGAACUGGACAAGCCAAGUGGAAAGAAUGACGGAUCAGUGGGAGGCGUGCGGUAUUUCCGUUGCUCGCCUAAACACGGCGUGUUUGCUCCCUCGUCUCGUGUUCAAAGGAUCCAUGGAUCGGUUGAUUGCCUUUCGGAGCUCUCCUCCUCGCGCCUCACUCAUCCUUUCAGCGGGACAAUCCGUCGCAGUUUCAGCACAUCGUCGGCCAUCGCCUCCACAAAGGAGAUGAGCAGCAGCAGAAGAAGUCCUGUUACCAGAAGAAGUCGUUCCAACCCUCACCGGCGGCGGUGGAGCGCCCUCAGCGGAGGUAUCGUCGGUGCUCCCGGGAGCGCAGCAGGGUCCAGCCCCUCGCCUGGCUCUGACGGACAGGUCUGUCUCCACGUGGGCAUGCAGGUCCUGCUCAGCAGCGCCAAUGACAUGGCGUUCAUCCGCUACCUGGGCACGGCGGACUUCGCCCCGGGCCUUUGGCUGGGCCUGGAGCUCCGAAGCCCCAAGGGCAAGAACGACGGCUCCGUGGGCGGCCGCCGUUACUUCGCCUGUCGACCAGGCCACGGUGUGCUAGUCCGCCCCAGCCGCGUCACCUACCGGGGCAUCAACGGUUCCCACUUGGUGAAUGACAACGGCUAAGGAACCCGGGUGGGCGGGACUUGGGAGGGACAUGUGAGAUGCUUCGAUUUUCUGUUUGUUCUGUUUUUUCAGUCUCAUUCUUCUUUGCACUGUGCAUUGUGUUUUCUCUGAGUUAAAGUAAUAUAUCCACCUAUUAAUAGUUCAAAUUAUUAUUUUUUUUAAAUGUCUGAGGCAAAGAAAGCACUUUAUAGAAUAAACUUUAAAUUCUUAUUAAAACUUGUCUUGGCAGCAUACAGGUGGGAAAAAAGAGUAUAUAAGACACUACUUUUAAUCUGAUUGCACUAAGAAACAAUAUGCAUCAAUAUGAUGGAUCAGAAUACGAUAACCUGGAUGGUAUGGAUGUGCACACGAGAAACAGUUUCUAAUACCCAAAGCUAAUCACAUCCAGUAGAGAUUUGUAUCAGAUCAUUUAGGUGGUCAUGUGGCCUACUAUCUAACCAAAAGUGUGCAUGUGAUUGUGCUCGCCCGCGUGUGCAUGUGUGUAUUAAUUAAGAGCAUUUUGAAACCAGAGGAAUGGGUUGAUUCUUCCAGGGUCGGUGUACGGCUCACAGAUAAUUGAAGUCGAAACUGUAUUUUCACUUUAUGAUUAGGCAGAAAUUUAAUUAAGCCGAGACCGCCGUCAACCUCAAUCACGGCGUUGAGAGAAGUCGUCCUUCUGCGUACAGCAGCCUCUGCCACAGACUGUCCAUGAACCCCAAAAGGAGUCUGACUCACGGGAUGCAGGCGGUGCCAUUGGCCGCCCGUUCUCCUCCCGAUCCGCUAUCUGCUUUGCAAGAAUGAGAAUGUGUGGAGCCAGAACCUUCUUGAGCGCUGACCCAGCCACGGGCACCGGCUUCUCCUAUGGCUGUGGCCAGACCACUGACAUAGUUGAGGCAGUGAUGACAUUCAGAUACAGUGUCACAGACACGCGUUGAAGUUAUGAGGAUUCAAACAUCUUUGCUUCUGACUGAGGGUCAGACCAGAGCUGUCAUAACGGGUAUUUUUACUACCUGAAUUUUGGAAAAAUCCAAAUGCGUGUAAUACCAGACCAGACAGUAUGUAUCAGUUCAGGUGGUAUCAAUACAUUUGUUGAGGACCACGUUUCAAAGCAGUGGUAAUUGUAUUUGAUGCUUAAUUUGACACGGGGAACAUGCAGUCAUCCCGAAGUUUCAAGGGUCUAGUUUGCCGAGAGCAGGCCAUCGGUCCUGCAUGGGGAAGAAGAGAAACAACUAAACAGACCCACUUCAGCAAAACACUUGUGUACCAUCCAAUUAAGGUGUCGGCCACAACGAGCCGUAGAAUCUCCAACGGCCUCCUCUCAUUGAUCUGACCGGUCAGUGUGAUUGAAAAGCAGCGGUGGUCGGAGCCCAAGGCUUUCUGAGAUAUCUGCCACAGAUCGAACAGAUUUUCAAAAGUGCAGUCUUUCCGAAUCCCAAUCCAAAACAUUCCUACUUAAAAAGAGAAUAUCUCUUCUCAUUUGCAUUCAGUCCGUCUGCGUGAUAAUUUCUGCGAUAUUUGUGCCACAUUUCAAAUCUCAUCAUCGGAUAAACUUAACUUGUGUUGGUGUAUCCGCGAUCCCCCGAUGUAUUGCAGCAUGUGUGGUUUCAAAUUCCACUGAUGGGUAUGAACGUCUUUUGGCGCUGUGUUCUUGUGGGUUAUGGAUGAAGUUUUUAGUUUUUCAUGAAAUCCCUGAAAUGUAUAUUUGAAGUACGCGUGUGCGAGAAAGGGAUUUAGUCUGAUGCAUUUACGU